CUUGGCUGUGUUGUUUUUGCGCGCUGAAAUUUAAACAGUGAACAAACUCCUAGCAUUAACCGUCUGAGUUGCAUGCUCAAUAAAUUACAGAAAACGCAACAUAUGAUACUUAAUUAGUAUAUGAUAAAACAACAUAAAACAUGGAACCAGUCAACGCGGAACACACAAAAAUGUAUUUUUAUGAAAACAGACUACAAACAUAUUCAGGCUGGCCGUUUGAAGAGGGCUGCGCAUGCACUCCUGAAAAUAUGGCCAAAGCUGGGUUCAUCCACACACCUUCAGAAAACAGCCCAGACAUUGCGAUGUGUUUUUAUUGCUACAAGGAACUGGAGGGGUGGGAACCGCAGGAUGACCCAGAGAAAGAGCACAAAUCGCACUCCCCUUUGUGCGCGUUCAUCUUGCUAAAGAAGAGCGUGAACGAGCUAACCGUGGAGGAGAUUCUCAAGCUUCAGAAAGAAAGGCAGAAAUUUCUGAUUAAGAAGACCUGCAAUCAAGUCAUUGAGAAAUUUGAGGAAGCGGCUAAGUCCAGAAGAGCAGAGAUAAUCAAAACGGCCCUCGAAGGGUGAACAAAUUGGGGGAGGGUUAAGGGGAGCGAUGAACGGCAUGGAUUUUCUCCUGUGAUUAAAGUUUUUUUAUUGUUCUUAAACCUU